AUGGAAGGAAAUGAUGCGAGUAACCACCGCGGAGCCAACCAGGAGUCGAGCGACGCGUCGAACCGUGCGAUCAUCCUGCCCCUCCUGCAGGGACCCGGUCAUCAGCUCCCCCACCGCAUCACCAACUUCUUCAUCGACAAUAUCCUCCGGCCGGACUUCGGCAAGAGGAAAGACGGCUACCGGGAACCCGGUCAUAUCCCCGGGAGGGAGAACGUCAGCCCGUCCGGGCAGAGCGGGGGCAGUCCUCCUGGGCCAGGAGGAGGAGGAGGUGGUGGUAGUGCGGGCAGCGGGGUCGGUGCAGGGGCUCCGAGCAGCCCUUCCGGCCCGGAAAAGAAACGCGAUGUGUCGGCUGAGGGGACGUUGAGGAACGGAGAGAGCGCCGAGCAGUCCCAGAACUCAGACUCGGACAGUUCCCAGAGCAGCAACAACGCGGUCUCGCAGCCCAUGUUAUGGCCUGCAUGGGUUUACUGCACUAGAUACUCCGACAGGCCUUCUUCAGGUCCCAGGUCACGAAAACCAAAGAAGAAGAAUCUUAAUAAAGAGGACAAGCGACCGAGAACAGCGUUCACCGCGGAGCAGUUACAGAGACUGAAAGCCGAGUUUCAGACUAACCGCUACCUAACCGAACAGCGCCGGCAGAGCCUGGCUCAUGAACUCAGUCUCAACGAAUCCCAAAUUAAAAUCUGGUUUCAGAACAAGCGAGCCAAAAUCAAGAAAGCUAGCGGAUCAAAGAACACCUUGGCACUCCACUUAAUGGCACAAGGUCUAUACAACCACUCCAGCACGGGGAAAGAGCACAAGGAAGAGAGUGAAUAG